CCGUUAAAGACCCCCAGAUUCAUGACAGCGAGUUAUGGGGACUGCGACUGCGUCGUGUUCUCCUGUGGGAUUAGCGGCAGUGGGUUUGUGCAGGCGUGCUGUUGGCUACAGACAGCUUGCAUUUUCCUAUUUAAAUAUUAUCUGUUUUGUUUUUUUACGCGCAGGUGCUGCAGAAAUGCCAGUCGACGUUGGUAAGUGGAGCGGAGACCUGGCCCUGACCGAGGUCGAGGAGAAACCAGCCCACCCUCUGACGGUGGAAUAUGAGUCGGUGGAGAUAGACGAGCUGGGGAAAGUGCUUACACCCACGCAGGUGCAGAAUCGACCCACCAGCAUUGCUUGGGACGGGUGUGAUGCUAACAAGCUGUACACUCUGGCGCUGACGGAUCCCGAUGCGCCGAGCAGGAAGAAUCCAAAGUUUAGGGAGUGGCACCAUUUCCUCGUUAUUAACAUGCAGGGCAGUGACAUCAGCAGCGGGUGUGUCAUGUCAGACUACGUGGGUUCUGGCCCUCCCAAAGGAACCGGUCUGCAUCGUUACGUGUGGCUGGUGUACGAGCAGCCGGGGAAGCUCUCCUGUGACGAAGCUCUUCUGACUAACCGCUCUGGAGACGGCCGUGGGAAGUUCCAGAUCGCCGCGUUCCGCAGGAAGUACAAGCUGGCCGCGCCGGUCGCUGGCUCGUGCUACCAGGCCGAGUGGGACGAUUACGUGCCUAAACUCUACGAGCAACUGUCUGGAAAGUGAAAAUAAGAAACACACAGAACUGCACAGGGGGGGAGGAGUUCUGAUAACUGACAAAAAGCUAGCUGUGUUUGUUGCUUUGCUUAGACUCCCUCCUGUUUUUUUAUGUUUCAUUUAAGUACAGCUGGCCUUAAUAGGUUCAGUACACAAAGUACAGUGAAAGCUGAUCAUUUUUGUUGGUUGCCUGUAAUAAAGUGGGAGUUACUGAUUUAUUUAUUUUUUUGUCAGCAAUAACAAUAUGAAAGUUAAAUUGUGAGAAGGAUUGUAAUAACUUUUGAAAGUGCUUUGUCCCCUAAUAAAGCUGUAAGCUGUUGGUUCUUGCA